AUGGGUCUCACGAAAGCCCAGAAUGGCGUCCGGCGUGUCAUUUAUGGCUGCCGUGUGCUGUGUGGCUAUGCGAUAGCUGACGUGGGGGAUGACAGCUCAGAUACAGAGGAGAAGGAGUUCUACCCACUCUGGAAGCUGACGCUCAUUGCCAUCCCACAGCUGGGCGUUCAGGUGAUGUGGUGCUUCAUCGGACCCAAUGCAGCUUGCCUAUGCACGGUGUUUGUUUUCGACAACACGUUUGCGCUCAAGAGUUUCUAG